ACGCCGUCAGUCGGGCUGCAAAAGUGGUCGCAGCGCUCCCCGGCUCUCCGAGGUCUGAGAGCGCCGUCAUAUUGGCUGCUGGAGACUCCCGCUAGCUCGGUGGAGAAGAAGAUCGCCUAUGUAGAAUGGGACUUAGUUGCUUUAGUUUUAUUUAGCCUUUUAAAUGGUUUGAGCAGUAACUACCAAUUUUUUUUAAAGAACUCGGGAUGACACCUUCAAGUAUUAUCAGACCUUCUGCGCCUUCGUCGACACCGUGGUCAAGCCAAAAGGAUCUAUGCCUGCUCGCUUUCAAUAGCCAUUUUUUGCAGACAAAGAGGGCUGUUGAAUAGGGCUCUCCAAAAGGCACAAGGGUCCCUGGGUCCCUUGUUGAAAACAAAUACGGCAAUAUGUGGAGCAACCUGAAAAGCAAAUGCCAAACUCUCUUUCACAACAACAGUUCGGGAUCCACUGAAGACAGGAGUGAAGCAGAUGUCAUCCACUGUGUGUUGGAUCUCAGCCAUGGGAGUGGGUCAGGUGCGGCUCAAGCAUCAGAAUUCUCCAGUUCAUCAAGUAGCCUUCUUCCAGUGCCAAUGGUAACAGCAGGACGUCGUCACCACAACUGUGUCUCAGACACGCCUCAGAUAGUAGAGAUCACUAUCGACAAGGAAUCGGAGGAUGUUGGCUCAGGAUCAGGAGUUGUCCCCCUGGCUCGCAGAGACUCUUAUUCACGUCAUGCUCCAUGGGGGGGCAAGAAAAAACACUCAUGUUCCACAAAAACUCAAAGUUCUUUAGAGGUAGAUAGGCGGUCUGGGCGCUUGAGAGGAAGUGGUAAUCGUAGAGAUCGACGUUGUGGCGCUUGUUCCAUCCAGGAGAUCAGCGACUCUUUCUCUGGAGGACGCAGUUUAAAUGGUCGGUCAUUACGCCAGCGACUAAGUGACACUGUAGGCCUUUGCUUACCACUGCCUGCUCACCGGCGUUCUUCAAAGAACUCUGUUACUUCCAAACGGAAGAUUCACCUGACAGAGCUUAUGCUGGAGACCUGCCCCUUCCCACCAGGCUCAGACCUUGCCCACAAGUGGCACUUGAUCAAGCAACACACAGCACCAGUCAGCCCACAUUCCUCUACCGCCCUGUUGGAAUCCAUCGAUCCAGCCCACCCUUCUCCAGAGGAUGAGGAGGAACGCCUGCGUGAACGCCGCCGACUUAGCAUCGAGGAAGGUGUGGACCCACCACCUAAUGCACAGAUCCACACCCUUGAGGCUGCCGUGCCAGGCUCUGCUGUCUACAAACUGGGACCAAAGAUGGCUCCUGGCAUCGGGGAGGCCUCUGGUGAUGUUCGAGCCUCAGGAACUGGUAGCUCUCUGGGUGCCUCAACAUCGGGGGCAUGUGGGCAGGUGUUAGGGGCUGCCGCUUCAGCUCAGGACACUGAUUCUGAGGAAGACUCAACAACCCUCUGUCUACAGGCCAGGAGACCCAAACAAAGGCAUGCAUCUGGGGAAGGUCACCUGAGCAGACAGCAGCCUGGGCCCUGGAAGGUUCACACACAAAUAGACUACAUCCACUGCCUGGUGCCAGAUUUAUUGCAGAUCACAGCUCUGCCUUGCUACUGGGGUGUAAUGGACCGCUAUGAGGCCGAGUCACUACUGGAUGGACGUCCAGAGGGCACCUUCCUGCUACGUGACUCAGCCCAGGAGGACUACCUUUUCUCUGUCAGCUUCCGCCGUUACAACCGCUCACUGCAUGCCCGCAUUGAGCAGUGGAACCACAACUUCAGUUUUGAUGCACAUGAUCCUUGUGUUUUUCACUCUUCCACUGUCACUGGACUUCUGGAGCACUACAAGGAUCCAAGCGCCUGUAUGUUCUUUGAACCUUUGCUUACAGCGCCUCUCCAUCGGACCUUUCCCUUUAAUCUGCAACACCUUGCACGAGCAGCCAUCUGCCGCUGGACCACUUAUGAUGGGAUAGGCUCUCUGCCGUUGCCCCCCGCCUUGCAAGACUUCCUCAAGGAGUAUCACUAUAAACAGAAAGUGAGAGUUCGCUGGCUGGAAAGGGAGCCACCGCUAAAGGUCAAAUAAGGUUCUUUGUCCAUUACCUGUAAAAACUACGGAGGAAGAUUACAGAACUUUACAAAUGGUUCAUUAGAGGCUGUACUGAUGGACAGACUGAUUUCAUCUCUUUCCAGUGGAGGGUGGAAUUCAAAUGUAACAACAUAUACAAGAUUCAUUCUAAUCUUUAUUUUAAUUAUUACUUACUGAAAAGCAUAUAAUUAUAUUCUGUGUAGUGCUGCCUGGCAAGCACAAAUUGAGUUCAGUGAUAUAUAAAAAUGAAUAUAUAUAUACAGUAUAUAUAUAUAUAUAUAUAUUUUAGAUGAGGGCUGGGAGGAGUGGCACAAAUCUGUGUUUUGUGUCAGUUGCCUCCUGCUUUGCCCUAUAAACGUCUGCCUGGUCCCAAAACAUCACCCUGCCUGUAGACCUGCAUGCAUGCCUCCCUCUCCAUCCCAAUCAGUUCAAAUAGCUAUUUAAACCCACAUACUGUAGCUACUUUGUACAGGUCACUUUUUAUGCACUCAAUUGUUAUUCUUGUCAAAACACAUACUGGAGCACCUUCCCAAGAGGGUUUUAAGGUGUGUUGUGAAAGCAUCGGGAAGUCCUACUGGUAUAUAGCAGUCCGUGCUUGUCUCAUGGAUAAAGCUACAUAAGCCACAUUCUUUGCCAUCUCUUUGCACAUGAGCAUUAGCUAAACUAGAGACGGGGAAGGAUUCUGAGAGGGUCCAUUGAGUUGAGAAAAGUAGAUCAGGGAAAUUGUGCUUUUUAAAGGAUUAUAGAUGAAUUAUUAACAACACUUGUUUCUCCAUAAACAGUGAUGGUGAAUGAUAAAUAAUAAACCAGCUUAUUGUGUCCUA